AUGGGGUGUGGCGCAAGCGCGCAAAAGGUCCUGGCCGUCGCUCCAGUGUCGACUAAUGCCGACGACUACUUCCCCUACGAGGGCACAGGCCCAUGGUAUACCUGCAAGCCCGACGGCCUUGUGCUGCCGCGAUUAGCAAAAAGUGGUGCAGCUGGUGCCGCAGAAUGCCCCCCGCACACGUUGCAGUCGCUCUUGAAAAAAGCGGCCGAUGAAAAGGGUGAUCGGCCGGCUCUAAAAGCUGAGAAGCCGUGCCCUGCUCUGCAAGCGGAUUCCGGUGUCCCCCCGGCGCUUCCGGAUGCGGACUGGGCGACCUGGACCUAUCGAGAAUACUAUGAAGAUGCUCGCAGAGCUGCCAAGGCCUUCGUGAAGCUUGGGUUUGAGCCCUUUGAUACUGUGGCCAUUUGGGGCUUCAAUUCCCCGGAGUGGAUGCUGAGCGCUCUGGCUGCGGGCUUCGCAGGCGGUAAAGUGGGAGGCCUCUACCCCACGGACACGCCCCAAACGGCCGCUUUCAAAGUGGUGCACAGCGGCGCCAGCAUUGUAGUUGUUGAGGACCCAGGGAAGCUUACUCGACUCACUGCGGCCUUAGCAGCGCGCCAGGAUCCGUCUGCUUGCAAGAUACAGGCCUUCGUUGGCUACGGUUUUGAGCCGGCCCCAGGUGAAACCAUUCAAAUUCCCGGGAGCAACCUCGCGGUACCUGUUAUGAGCUGGUCUAAUCUUAUGGAGUUUGGUUCAAAGGAAGAUGAUGCAUUCAUUGACUCACGCAGCCAAGCCGUGCAGCCCGGACAUUGUGCCGUGCUUGUGUAUACAUCUGGUACGACUGGAGAGCCUAAAGCUGUUAUGCUGUCACAUGACUGCAUGGUUUUCGAAGCACUAACAUUCCUCAAGGUUGCUCGAUCUCACGUGGGCCUCUGCGCUUCAGCGCAGCAGGAGCGCAUCCUUUCGUACCUGCCCCUGUCACAUGUAGCUGGAAAGAUGGUGGACGUGUGCUUUCCCUUCGUGGCGACUGCCUCGUCAUCUGCCUGGGUAACAGCAUACUUCGCGAGGCCGUAUGACCUGAAAGCCGGGAGCCUGAAGGACAGACUCAAGCUUGCGAGACCAACUGUCUUCCUUGGCGUUCCUCUGGUGUGGGAGAAGAUCGCAGACAGGCUACGUGCGGUGGGUGCUUCUACCAGCGGCAUCAAGAAGAAGCUCUCGACUUGGGCCAAGGCCAAGGGCCUCCAGCACGCAAGGGCUUGUCAGAUGGGAGGCGACGGCUUGGAGCCCUUUGCAUACGGCGCUGCCAGCAAGCUUGUGCUCAAGAAGGUCAAGGGCAUUCUGGGUCUCGAUGAGCUCAAGUUCGCAGUCACCGGUGCUGCACCGAUCCGGGUGGACACCCUGGAGUACUUCGGCUCCCUUGGCAUAAACAUCAAUGAAGUGUAUGGCAUGUCGGAAAGCUGUGCUGCCUGCACAAUUUCCACGGACAGGGCCCAUUUGUGGGGAUCUUGCGGCUAUCAGCUGCCAGGAGUGGAGGUGAAAGCCUUCAAGGUAGAUUCAACGGACAUGAACAGGAAGGAGGAAUGUCCACGAGCGGUUUCUCUCGACUCCAUUGACGAAGAGUUCCAGGGAGAGCUAUGUUUCCGGGGCCGUAGUAUCAUGAUGGGCUACUUGGCGCAGCCCAGCUUGGGUGCCGAACACGUGAAUGAGGUCGAGCGCAAGACUGCGGAAACGAUCGAUGCAGAAGGAUGGCUGCAUUCGGGCGACAAGGGAAUGAUCACACAAACCGGGAUGGUCAAGAUCACCGGACGAUACAAGGAGCUAAUCAUUGGCGCAGGUGGUGAAAACAUCGCACCAGUGCCGAUUGAAGACCAUAUUAAGGGCUGGUGCGAUGGCAUUAACGAAGUCAUGCUCAUUGGUGACAAGCGCAAGUACAACGUAGCUUUAGUGACAUUGAAGGCCGUUGACGCCAACGGCGAGAGUGCAGGCACAGAUCAAUUGGAUGCCGGGGCUGCUCGGGUAAAUCCACAAGUGACGACGAUCAUGCAAGCCAUGGAUGAUCGAUUCUGGAUCGAGCAGAUAACUCUGGCCAUCAACUCUGCUAACUGCAACGGUAAGAUAUGCCCAAACAAUGCCUUCAAAGUUCAGAAGUUUAUGAUCCUGCCGACAAACUUCUCCGAGGAGCAGGGUUUCCUAACCCCUACGAAGAAACUGAAGAGGCCUGUGGUCGAGAAGGCUUUUGAAAAGCAAGUCGAUAUGAUGUACAUCUCUAGUAGCACCUACGUGCGAUAUGAGCCGUGA